AUGAAGAAGGCCGCGUUCUUCUCCACGCUCAAGUACGUCCGGGUCCCCUCCCCGCUGACCGUGAACAGGAACAUGAGACGAUUCAACAUGGCCGAAAACGACCGGAAGAUCUUCUUCUCCUUUAACCUGUUUUCCGUCUUUCUGUUCACGCUGCCAAUAGUUUACCUGGCCAAGGUAAGCCAAAAUAUGCCAACAGCUAGCUGCAAGUCGGGAAGACCUGCACCAACUCGAUUAUGUGUGCCACCCACCAGUAGGGAAGCAAUUACACAAAGUGGCGAACGCAUGCCACACACAUAG